CGUCUCUCUCAGCAUCCUCCACAACCCGGAAACAAUUUGUCGAGUGGUUCCAUUGGAUGGAUGCCAGACGACUCGAGCAGCCUGAUGCCUCCACUGUCGACAAGUGUGUGUUCUCCUUUGCCCCACCGAUCCGGCUGCAUGAAUGGGCCGUGUUCCUCUGCGUCUCUUCCCUCCGGCUUUGUUCAUUCCAAUGUUUCAUCUACAGCCGGCGUCAGACCGAACACCUCUCCUCUCACCUCCAAUGGUGGCGGCAACAAUGGCACGGGCAUGCAUAUACCCAUGCCUCCAUGUUCAGCUACAAUCUCGCUGUCACAGUCUGUUCCACUGCGUCAGAUCAGCCUCUCUGGCGACUCUCCUGGUCGUAUCACUUGUCCGAGCGAGACUGGUACUCCCAGCGCCCCUUGCACCCCGAAUGGUCGCUUCUCUCCCACUUCCGCCAGACCUCUCCCGCAGUCUCAUCAGCCACCCUCAGCUCUUGGCUCCGGCGGCCUUUUGUUGGCACCCACUCGUCCAUGCAGUGCAGGCACGACACCGAUUCUUGCACAUGGUGGUGCAAUCGUCGCCUCACUCAUGUCGGCCACCUCGAAUUCCGUAUGUUCUCAGAUGGUUGCUGGCAGCCACUCGGUCACCUGGCAGCAGCCUUCAUCGGUUCCACCGCCCAUUUGUUCCACAGCUGCUUCCCCUAGGCCUUUGGUUGUGCCUAACAGGCCGCCGUGUGGUGAGUUUUGCAGUUUGACUUUUUGA